AUGGAUGGCAUGGAUGUAGAUGGAGCCGACCAGAAACCUGCUGAUGCUGACACUGGAAAUGUAAAAUAUGUCGAUCAAUCACCACAUCCAUACGCAAACCCAAAACCCCCCGUCCCACAACCUCACGAAAUCAUCAUCCCAAGUUACGCUGCCUGGUUCAAAUUCAACGACAUUCACACAACCGAAGUCAAUGGCGUCCCCGAAUUCUUCAACAAUAGAAACAAGUCAAAGACCCCUCAGAUAUAUAAAGACUAUCGAGACUUUAUGAUAAACACCUAUCGACUAAAUCCAAACGAAUAUCUCAGUCUCACCGCCUGCAGACGGAAUCUCUCUGGUGAUGUAUGUGCCAUCGUAAGGGUACAUGCAUUCUUGGAACAAUGGGGCCUCAUCAAUUACCAGGUCGACCCAGACUCGAGACCGUCCCAUUUGGCUCCUGCCUUUACUGGCCAUUUUAGAGUUACUGCUGAUACUCCAAGAGGCCUUGUGCCAUUCCAACCUGCCGCUCCCAUGCCUCGUCCCGUCGGUAAUAAUAGUAGUAUCAUCAAUAGUAGUAAUAGCAUGGCAGGCGUGACAUCAACAAGCAGCAAUAUAACAGGAGAUGUUAAGCCAUUAGAUGCAGGACUGAGUACCUCUCGUAAUAUAUACGAUAACGCUGGUACGUCGUCAUCGUCACCAGCGAUCACACCAACAACAGCAACUACAACCAACGCCGCAAAACGAGUCAAAACUGAAGAUGCAUCCGAUGAACGACCAGAUAUCAAAAGAGUCAAAGUCAAUUGCUCAACAUGUGGUGUCGAAUGCUCUAGACAACGAUUCCACUGUGUCCGAAACCCAACUCUAGAUAUUUGUCCCAAUUGCUAUACAGAAGGUCGCUUCCCAUCCGCAUUCUACGCUGCAGACUUUGUACGCCUGGAAGAUAAGCCAAGUGACAAAACAACCGCCGCAAAAGCCGAAUCAUGGACUGAUAAAGAAUCUCUGCUGUUGCUAGAAGGUGUUGAAAUGCAUGAUGAUUGGAAUAAAAUUGCCAUGCAUGUAGGAAGUAAAUCACCUGAACAAUGUCUAGCACAUUUCUUGGCUUUGCCUAUUGAUGAACCUUAUUUGGGAUUAUCGGAGGCUGGACUAGUAUUAGGUGGACCUGAUGUGAAAUAUGGUGGUAUGGCUGGUGUAGUGAGUCAAGCUGAUAAUCCUGUAUUGACGUUGGCCACCUUUGUAUCUUCACUCGUCAGUCCAUCUGUUGCUAAAGCUGUUGCUGAUGCUGCGGUCAAGAAACUAGAUGCUAAACGUGGUAUUAAUAAUACAGAUGAUCAUGAUGUUGCAAUGAAUGGAACUAGUAGCAACCCCAAACUCGAGAAUGGAACAACAGCCACAUCAUCAACCAAUGACCUAUCCAGUGUAGCAGCAACAGCAAUAGGUGCUGCCGCCGCUAAAUCAUAUUCUCUAUCAAACCACGAAGAACGAGAAGCAGCCCGUCUCGUGUUUGAAUUAACAUCCCUACAAAUGAAGAAGAUGAAGCUCAAACUCGAAGUAUUUGAAAAGAUGGAAGAGGCACUAGAAACUGAACGACGAGAUCUAGAACGAGAACGACAAAAAUUGUUUGCUGAACGACAAGCAUUUAAGAAACAACAACAGCAAGCUGCCAUGAAUAAUAACGGUCAUAAUAUGGGAGGUCAUACAUCAUCGUCAUCAUCAUUAUUAGGUAAUACCACACCACAAAUGAUGUCUGCACAUCCUGGGAUGCAAGCUCUACCUAGUAUGUCUGCAAUGGGAUUACCUGCUGGUAGUAAUGCUGUAGAUUAUAAUAGUGUUGUUGGAGGAGGUGGUGUCGGUGGUGGUUAUCCAAUGGUAGGAGGUGUUGGUGGUACUCAACAGCAAGGUCCUGCACCUGUUUCGAUGGUUACGAUGGAUGCUGAUGAGUUUAAUGCUUCUCAUGGGACUGGCAUGGAUGCUUAUUUCAAGUGA